CCAUUUCAUUGGGAAUUAGGCACUUCAAAAUCGCCUUUCAACUGAAAUUGUUACUUUGGGGCAUAUUAUCAAACAAUUUGCAUUGUCAGAGCUUACAAUUCCUUUCCCGAUGAUUUCCCCUUCAUAUCUUUGACUUAAUGUGUUGAAGUCUCUGAUCAUGCUUCAUGGUGCUAUCUGCUCCUCCGUUGAGAAGUACGCAUUUCUCAUUUCUCAAUGCAUCACAACCAGAAAUUUGAAACUUGGCGAGGCCUUGCACUCUCAUCUUAUCAAAUCCGCAUUUUUCUUCGAUUCUUUCCUUACCAACCGUCUCAUAGACAUGUACAUUAAGUGCAGCUGUGUGGAGAGUGCCCAAAGGGCCUUUGAGGAUCUUUCCCAUAAGACAACACGUACGUGGAAUAUGAUGAUCUCUUUCUACUCUAAAAUGGGUUUGUUUGACAGGGCUCACUCACUGUUUGAUAAAAUGCCUGAACCAAAUCUUAUCAGUUAUAAUUCAUUGAUCACUGGUCUGACACAUAAUGCGUUUCACAAAGAAUCAGUGAAGCUUUUCUGGAAGAUGCAGAAGGAUUAUGAUUGUUUACUAUUAGAUGAGUUUACGCUCGUUAGCAUAGUUGGCAGUUGUGCCUCUUUAGCUUCCCUUUAUUGGUUGCGUCAAGUCCAUGGGAUCGCAGUUAUAAUUGGUUUGGAGGGGAACGUAGUCCUUAACAAUGCUUUAAUUGAUGCUUAUGGAAAAUGUGACUUACCCAACAUCUCUAGUUCUAUAUUUUAUGGAAUGCCAGAGAGAGAUGUUGUGUCUUGGACUUCGAUGAUUGCGGCUUACACAAGGGCUACUAGAUUGGAAGAGGCGUGUAGGAUAUUUAACGAAAUGCCAAUGAAAAAUAAUGUGUCUUGGACUGCUUUGAUAACGGGUUUCGCACGAAAUGGGCGUUUUGAGGAAGCUCUGGAUCUUUUUGGGCAAAUGCUGGAGGAAGGAGUAUGGCCUAGUGCUCCAACUAAUGUCACUGCCUUAAGUGCUUGUGCAGAUAUGGCACUUAUUGAAAGAGCAAGUGCGGGGAUAUGAAAUCGGCUGAAAAUUUGUUCAACACGGCUCCUUUGAGGGAUAUAAUCUCUUGGAACACAUUAAUAACCGGGUUUGCACAGAAUGGCCACGGUUUAGAUAAUGAAGGACUAGAGUUGAAAGACAUGAUGGAAAAGCAGUAUGGCUUGAAGCCCAGACUUGAUCACUAUGCUAUAUUGAUUGAUUUGCUUGGGAGGAAAAACAGAUUCGAGGAAGCUCUGGAUUUAAUCGAGAGAACACCAGAUGCUACGGAUCACAUUGCCAUUUGGGGAGCACUACUGGCUGCUUGUCGUGUCCAUGGGAAUUUGGACCUUGCAAGUAGGUCUGCAGAAGCUCUGUUCAAGCAUGAACCUGAAAACACAGCUAGAUAUGUUAUGCUGUCAAACAUAUAUGCAGCAUUAGGAAGAUGGAAUGAUGCCAAUAGAAUCAAAAGAAUCAUGAAGGAGAAAGGCUUAAAGAAAGAGGCAGGUUGCAGUUGGAUUGAGUUAAGAAAUACAAGACAUGAGUUUAGAGCCAAGGACAAGUGUCAUGGCCAAAUUGUAGAGAUAUGUGGAAUAAUCAGUAACUUGGUCCAUAAUAUGAAAGAUGUUGGAUACCAAUAUCAUAACAGUUGCCAUUCUCUUCCUGGUGAAUAAGACAAUUUAUACUUUUACUAGAUCACACUUCUCAGUUUGAUUUUUAGUAAAUAGGAAUGCUGGCUUGAUGUGAAUAAUAUGGUGGCUAAGACAUAACAGCUCUUUUGAGGAUCCAUGCGCAGGCCGCGUCUCUUUGUGGAGGUCCUUUUAAUGUUGUUUAGCACUAAUGUUGUACCUUAUACUCUGAGAAUGUACACUUGGCAAUGAAUUACUCACUUUGAAUUGUAUUUA